AUGCGUGUUGCGGUUCACCAACAGGCGGCCUCCAACGGCAACGGCGCUGUGGCGGCCAAGAAGCCGGCACCCAAGGGACCUGCUGCGCCUGCCGGCCCGUUCACAAACAUCAACCGGUUCAAGGUCGAGCCCCAGUCGGUGGCGCUGUUCGAGGGGGUCUGGCGGGAGCGGGAGGCGGCCAUGCAGUCGUUCCCGGGGUUCCAGGGGUUCAAGCUCACGAACGACGGGGACCAGUGGGUCGCGCAGCAAACCUGGGCCACCAUCCCCGAGUGGGAGGCCUGGUCGCUCAGCGACCCCGCGCGGCGGACGCACCUGCCCCUGGGCGUCUGGCAGCACGUGCCCGCCAAGGGCGAGGGCUUCCCCGAGGAUUUUGUGUUCCUGCUGGAUUACAAUGAGCCUGUCAACGCCAAGUACUAG